AAAUGAACGAAUCACAGAUUACUCGCAGACUUUCGAUCUUUUUUACGACCCUUCACCGAGGGCUAAAUGGCGUUAAGGUAUGACAAAUUUAAGGAAGACUUCCGCUAUGGUAAAAAAGUGUUUCCCGUAGCACGUUUCACACCCACUGGAAAAUGGUCCAGCUUUAGACCUUUGCUUCCCCAGUAUAUCUGCAGGACGAACAGAGCGGAGAUGGGAGGAGACGCGGAGAAGAUGAUCGCUGUAGGCCUGGUAUGGGGCGCCACGAACGCUAUAAUGCGCCGGGGUGCGCUCAUCUGGGACCAUAAGCUCAAAGCUUUUUCUUCAAGAACGCAAAACUCCCGAAAUUCUCAGAUCCACCACCGAGUUCUCGCCACCAUCAAGAACUGGGUCAGCCUCCUCCUAAUCUGGCAGUACUCUGUCCCUUUCUUGAUUAAUCUUUCUGCAUCCGCCGCUUUCUUCGCAAUUUUGAGCGAGACCCCCAUUUCUCUGGCCGUCCCCGUUACAAAUGCUACGACGUUUGCCGCCACCGCCGUGACGGCCAUGCUCCUCGGCGAAGAGACCCGCGUGGGCUUAGCUUUGUUGGGUACAUUUCUCAUCGUUCUGGGCGUCUGUAUUUGUAUCGCGUGAUGCAUUUUUGACUGGUAGAGUUUUGAUAUUUCGUUCCAAUUUGAAUAUAAACUUAACCCCCAACUCAAUCUCUUAAACAAGUUUUUCCUGAGUGUUUUCUUUU